AUGCUGAUGAUGAUAGAUAAAGAGACCAGCUUCAAGUUGCAGAAUGAAGCUGACUUGCAAUCUUCGCUGAUGCCGCAAGAGUUAAAUCCAGCUUUCAUUGCUAAUAAGGACGAGCCAUGGCGAGCCAUAAUGCCAGUGCCACGACUACGCCGAGACUUGGAGCCCCAUGCACCCAGUUUUACGUCUCAAUUGCAACGAUACAGCCGAGUGACAGCGUGUGCUGUUUUAGCGUUGGCAGCCGUUGUUGAAAUAGUUCUCUACGUGCUAGAUUAUUAUUUGCCCUGA